UGGGGACAGUUUAGAGGCAGAUCAUGACGCUGUCGGACAAGCAGAAGAUGCGACUGAAUGUGGCUGUGGCAGAGUAUCUGUACCAUACGGGGUAUCCGGGGGUAGGCGAAGCCUUUGUCGAGGCUGCCGGCGUUGACUACGAUAAGAGAUCCAAGUACUCGGCGUCACUGGAGCGCAAGUGGACCUCGUUGCUCAAGCUGAGCAAGAAGAUCCGGAUGCUACAGGCAGAGUUGGAUGAGGCCAAGGCGUUGCUGGCGCUGGGUCCGAUCCGCAAGCCCGCCGCCGAGGCUGGGUUCCUCCCGGCGGCGACGGCCACGUACGAGAUGCGUGCGCACCGCGACGAGAUCUCGUCGCUCGUUUUUCACCCGACCGAGCCCGUGCUGGUCACCGGCGGCUACGACUCGACGGUGCGGUUCACCGACUAUGAGACCGGCGAGUCGCUGGGCAAGCCGCUCCGCGAGUCGGGCGCGGUGUCGGCGGUCGCGGUUGAUGCGAGCGGCAGCUUGCUGGCAUCGGCCUCGGUCUCGUCCAUCCGAGUGUGGCAGUGGGAGUCGCGAAAGCGGCUCAAGUCGCUGACGGGGCACGAGGCCGAUGUGUGGGACGUGGCAUUCACUCCCGAUGCCUCGCACCUAGUCUCGGCGUCUCGCGACACGACGGUGAGGGUGUGGACGCUCGACACCGGGUUCUGCGUCAAGAUUCUUAGCGGGCACUCGGAGUGGGUGCGUAGCGUCAGUGUCGCGCCCAACGGCGAGGUGUACGCCUCGGCUGGCGCCGACAACACGGUGUGCGUUUGGGGUGCAGACGACAGCGCCCCACGGGCGGUGCUCUCGCACCACAGUCACGUGGUUGAGGUUGUGGCGUUUGCGCCGGCCACUGCGAGCGUGCACCUCGCCAAGCUUCAGGGCGUUGAUGCUGAUGAACCUACUGUGGCUGCGGCACAGUAUGUGGCGUCGGGCGGGCGCGACGCGAUGAUCCACGUCUACGACGCCGCGGCCGGCGCGCUGGUCGCUUCGUUUGCCGGCCACGACGGCUGGGUCCGCGACCUCGCGUUCCACCCGUGCGGUGAGUUCCUCCUCUCAUGUGGCGAUGACAAGUCGGUCAGGGUCUGGUCGCUGGCGAGCGGCAAGUGUGUCAAGACAUACACCAAGGCGCACAGCGUGUUUGUGGGAGCGAUGGCGUUCAACGUCCGCUCGCCGGUUGUGGCUACUGGCGAUGUCAGCGGUGGGCUGAAAAUCUGGAACUGUGUCGCGCCGUGAUCAACUGGAGGCCAAGCUGCCUCAAAACUCGGUGUAGUCGGACGGACGGCGCCGGCGGGCGCGUACAAGCAGCGGCACAGCGACAAGGGCAAUGCCCGCGAGCAGGAGCGCCCCAAAGACGAGCAUGACGGCCGUGUAAGCCGAGCCUGUCUUCAGCUGCAGCCGCGGUUUGAGCGCCGGAUACUCAAAGAUUCGGGCCUCGUACAAGAUGGCGCCGAGCGUCCACGACAUGUCGUAGUUGUUGACCUCUUGCACAAAUGCGAUCGGGGCAGACGGCGCGAAGUUGUAGCCUUCGAGGAGGAGUGCCGAGGUCCACAUGGCAAUGAAGCACGGGUGGUCCUCGUCGUAAGCUGGCG